CAGCUUCGUGCAUGCGCGUUUAUGGCAAGUGGUGGCAUUUUGUUCCGACUGAAGCGAGCGUGGAGUUGGAGAUAGGGUUUAUCAGGUACACUGGAAAAAUCUAGCAGUGGCACACUGUUAAUACCAACGCACCAACAGACUGGACAGUAUGAUUUCAGAUGCUGUUGCAGAUUCUCAACCACAAAGCCAUGGCUGUACAAUAAAACAUAAGUGUGAUGAACAUCUCUUGAAGCAGAUAGCAACUCAUUCGUUUGUGGAUAGUAAAAUUGUAUCAAAAAUGGAAAGGUCAGGCUCAUUAAUUCGGGUUAUUGAAAAAUUGAGUAAGAUUGUGGAGAAAGGAAGAUCAAAGCAGUGUUCUCUAGCUGGUCAAAAGAGGCCUUAUUCUAGCACCUCUGACACAAAAAGUGCAGCAUUUGAGCACGCUGACAGCUGCGAGAACGCAGUCAAAAAACUUGCAGACACAAACGAUGAUAAAUUAAAGGAUGACUCCACAGUUAGACAGACCUAUUUUAAGACAGAAGAUCUGCCUAAGAAUUGUAAUGGAUUAGAUCUGAGGACACUUAAUUCUGCAACUACAACUGACACUUCAAAGAGCUUCUGUUGUGCUGUCUGUGGCUUUGUUACUGUAGAGCGAUCUGUCUUUUAUACACAUAUGCGCAGCCAUAACAAUAUUGAGAUCUACACAUGCGAACAAUGCAACUUUGCCUCUACAGUUUCCAAAGAUCUUGUAGAACACAAAUAUUUGCACAGGAAACUCACUCGAUAUCAGUGCAAUUUAUGCAAGUUCAGUUCACUGACUUUCCCACAGUUAAAGGAGCACUUUGAGCAACAUGGAAAGUCAAAUGAGGUGGUAUUGAUGUGUUCUGAGUGUUGCUUUGUUUCAAAAAAGGAAGAGGAGCUUGAAGCUCAUAUUUGGAUCCAUCUCGAGGAUGCACAGAUGCAGAGAAAACAGUUGCCACAGGUUCAGCAGCAAUUAGAGUCGGGUGCUAUAGGUAGGGCAAAAUCGGGAAGUGUUGGUUUGGACACUGAACCAGGCUCAAGAAAGUGGUAUACAUACGACCAGUAUGGCAUGUAUAGAUGUUUGAUUUGCAGUUACGCCUGUGAUCGCCAGCGAAUGUUGAAAACGCAUGCAUGGAAACAUGCCGGUGAAGUAGAUUGUUCAUAUCCAAUUUUUGAGGAGGUGUGUGAGCCAGCUACCUCAGCAGUUUCUUCUACAGCUCACACAACUCAUGAGGAUGAACCAAUAAUUGUUUUUUCACCAACAAAUAAAUCUGAAAGUGUGCACUGCACUGGUUCAAAUCAAUUGCAGUUUUGUGGUGUGGCUUCAGUUACUGCAAUGAAUUCUUUCGAUUGCAAAACCUCGCUAUCUGAGACAACUGUGAAAGGUUCUGAUAUUACCUGUUCAAAAGCACCUAGUCCCACAGUAGUGGAGAUUAUUGAGGAAGAGUCUCUGAUACUGGAUUGUGAACAGGAAAGCACAAUUCCUGAUAGCCUUCUUUCCUCAGCACAGAAGAUUAUUAGCUGCAGUUCUAACAAGGUGGGACAUGUCAACGUUAUAGUGGAGCGUGUUCCAGGAGCUGGAGACACUGUUCCAGAAAAGCACUUUCUGAUUACGCCAGAUAUUGAAGUUGAGAAGAGACUUAUUUCUGAAAAGUCUCACAUGAUCUAUUGCGAAGAUUCUUCAGAAAUGUAUCAACAAAGUAACAGUACAGCUGAAGUGGAAACAGCUGCCUUGGGGUGGAACCCUGAAGAAGGUGAUAAUGCUUUAAAACCUCCUGAACCUGUGGCAGUUGAUGAAAAUGUUCCACCAGCACGAAGAAGAACUAAUUCUGAAUCUUUGAGGCUUCAUUCAUUGGCUGCUGAAGCUCUUGUUGCAAUGCCAACAAGAGCACCAGAAUUAAUCAGAGCAAAUGCUAAAAAUCCUGAGCCUGAUACAGGGCAGAGAAAUAUGGAAGUCAGCACUUCCAUUUCUCCAGCUCACAGUUAUUCUCUAGAUGGCACUAGUAAUGACUUUCAGCUUGAUAAGGCUAAAUCUGGUUUUUCUGAAGUACCAAUCAAAAUGGGCAUCAGCAUGUCAUUACUCACUGUAAUUGAAAAAUUGAGAGAAAGAACUGACCAAAAUGCUUCUGAUGAAGAUAUCCUGAAGGAAUUACAGGAUAAUGCACAAUGUCAACCUUCAAAUGAUCUUAGUUCACCAGGCAACCUAGUGGAGUACGUAGCCAACACAGAGCGGCCUUACCGUUGUCGCCUCUGUCACUAUAGCAGUGGUAACAAGGGAUACAUCAAGCAGCAUUUAAGAGUUCACCGUCAACGACAGCCUUACCAGUGUCCAAUCUGUGAUCAUAUUGCUGCUGAUAGCAAUAAUCUGGAGAGCCAUAUGAUAAACCACUGCAAGACUAGAAUGUAUCACUGCAAGCGGUGCAGUGAAGCAUUUUAUUAUAAGAGUCAGCUUCGGAACCAUGAGUGUGAACAACAUGGCCUGUCUGACAUUUCUUCAACAAAUGAUGAAAAUACUGACCGUAGUAGAGGAGGAGAAACUGGAAGUACACAAGAGGAAAUGCUGUCACCUCAGAAAUUGUACAAGUGUGAUGUGUGUGACUACACAAGUUCAACAUAUGUUGGUGUAAGAAACCACAGAAGAAUCCACAACUCUGAUAGACCUUACAGGUGCAGUAGCUGUGACUUUGCUACAACAAACCUGAACAGUUUGAAGUGUCAUAUGAGGCGCCAUCCACAGGAACAGCAGGUUGUUCAGUUGCUGGAACAGUACAAGUGUUCUCUGUGUGGUUAUGUAUGUAGCCAUCCUCCAUCUUUGAAGUCCCAUAUGUGGAAACAUGCAAGUGAUCAAAAUUAUAAUUAUGAACAGGUGAAUAAGGCCAUAAAUGAAGCCAUUUCACAGAGCAGCAGGUCUCAAGAACCCCAGAGAAAACCUUCAGCUGAGGAUGUUGAAGAAAUAUCAUCAUCACCACCAUCAAUUCACCCUAUUUCUAUGAAUUCUGAUAAGCUUGUGUCAACUCCAGAGGUGAUUGACCUCAUUACUGAUGAAACCAAAAGCCCUGAAAAGUGCCAGAAGUUGAAUUCAGAAAUAAAUGUCUCUGAUACACCAGGAAAAAGUGGAAGUCAGACUCGUGCUGGCAUGGAGUACUGUGUCCUACUGUUCUGUUGCUGUAUCUGUGGAUUUGAAUCCACCAGUAAAGAGCUGUUGAUGGAUCACAUGAAGGAGCAUGAGGGUGAGAUCAUUAACAUCAUCCUCAACAAGGACCAUUGCUCCCAGCCUGAACAAAGUGGUUCUGAUUAAGUAAACCUGGAGAAACUAUAUUUACAGUACAUAUUGCCUCUUUGUGGAUUAAGUCAUGGGAUAAGCUUGUACUAGUAUGAACAAGAAGUGAAUGUCAACAUUUCAAAAAGUUAUUUUUGUUCUUUUUAAAUGUUGUAAACAUUACUGUUCUCACCCUCAUAGGAAAUUACAAGCAAUAUCUUUCAUAUAAAUAACCUAGAUGCAAGCAAGGUGUUCAAAGAUCAUUUUGAUAUUUCAAUUUCUCUUACACUGCUCUACACCAUGUCCUAAAUACUGGUGUUUUAGGUACAGAUGGUAUUUCUGUAUUUAUUAAACUUUUUUUUAAUAUUUAUGCAUGUAGUUACAAACUGUUACAUGGCAGUGAAGUUAUUGCAUUCACAAUGCACUUUGCUCAUGGUGCUAUUUUAUAAUCAUAUCACUGAACAAAUCUCUUUUCAGGACAACAUAUGUGAAGGAGUUGUUGAGUGUAAGCUUUGUCCUUGUUAAGUAGUAGUAUAAAUUUGGGCUUUGAACAAAGGUUCUGUUCAAAGCUUUAAUUCAUACCAUAAUUUUCUGCAGAACUAGUCUUGUUCAAGUCUACACAGGUUUUCCUCUAGUUAGGAAUGACAACAGGCUGACUUGAAAUACAAUAGCGUCUGAUACGUGCUCUGCGAUUCCACUGCAAAUAGAAAGGACUAAAGCCUUGUCUGAGUAGCUUGUCCCACGUUAACACUUUUUUAUACAUCUUUAAAAGGUUGUCAUAUUUAAUCUGUUUUUUUUUUGUGUUCCAUGAAUACCCAAUUUUAUUACGGACAGAUUACUUUUGAAUUUCCAUAUAACAAUACUGCUGAGUUGUUUCAAAGGAUCAGAAAAUUGACUUUGUUCCAAACAUAGUGCUCGGUGACAUUUUAAAACUUUUUCUUUGGAGGAGUGGAUAAUUGAUAACUUAUUUUACCCUUUAGUUCAGAUCACCACUUAAGGUUUGCAAAUAUUCACAAGAGCUGUGAUGUUUCAGACUGAAAUAUCUAGGCUUUGAGAUCUAUAGUUAAGAGAUUAUACAAACUCUAUAUGUUAAUAGUAGUAUUGCAAGUAAAAAUUAUUCAAAGUCAUUUUUAAUGGGCUAAGAGUUAUAGAACCAAUAACUCCUCAGGUUUGUCCUGGGCUUUUGUUGGUCGAGACAGCUACUUACAUAAAAAUAAAUAUUAGCAGUUUGAGUCAUUGAAACGGUUAUAAUUCUUGAUUUUACUGCUUAAAAUUAUGAUUAAAAUAAUGCACUGAAUCAUAUGAGCUGAACAAGCAGUAUAAGGUACCUUGCUAAAAUACAAGUUAAAACUAAAAUAGUCCAUUUGAGAGUGGAAGAAAUCCACUUAAAAUUUGACAGUGUAAUUGAAGAUACAAAUUAAAGAUUAUAAAUUUAUGCUGAAUUUACUUUUAACAAACACAAGCGAACGUUGAUGUGAAUAAAAUUUAAAAGAUAUAACAAUAUUUUUACAAUGAGUUAAAUAUUUUGCUUUAAUGCAGAUAUUGUGACUAAAUGAUAGUUAAGAGGCUUGUGAUUUUACCUUUGAAUUGACUAUUCAUUUUUGAACUAAUGGUUCAAUUUUUAGAACUCUGAAAUUUUAACUGUUUAGUUUGAGCAAUAAACUGGCCUUAUAAACAGCAAUUAAAACAGUCAAAAUCUAUUUAAGCUUCAAAUAUUUAUGAAGGAAUAUUUUGCUGUUUACACCCAGUAAUGCCUAAAGUAUGCCCUUUGAGAAAUAUAAAGACAGCACUACCUUCAGGCAAAUAUUUGGCUAAACUGGUAUUUGGGAUGUGAGAAAAGCCAGAAGAAAAGUGUGUUGUUUUCAUCAUGAACCUUACCACAAACAAGUAAGGGAACAAUGCGUUUCAAUAAGAAUUAUUAUGUUGCUAAGUUUGUAAAUUGGUAAAAAGAGGCUUGCCAAACACUUUCCCAUCAAUUUGGUGUUUGUUUUAAACUAUGAAGAUUGUGUUUGAAUGAGGAUAUCUUUGCCUUUGUUACUUGAAAGGAAACGCAAAGGUUAUUGUGUUGAACUUUGCCUGAUUUUUCACAUUUUCAAACCACCGAAGUUCAGCUAACUGGCCUAUAAUUGCUGGGUUUAUCCUUACAUCCUUUUCUUAAUAUUCUAAAAUUAAGCAGUGUUUGGAAGAACUUUGAAGCCUUAAUGGACUGACUGGACUAACAGUAACAUGAAAGAUGGUGAGGAAGCAAUAACAUCCAACCGCUGAUAUCUGACAAUUUGUAAUGCCCUAUUUGUACUGCUCACAAGGUGAAUGGAUCUGAAAAAUUUUUGGUUUUGUCCCAGUUAUACUUAUUAUAUAUACAGUAUAUUAGUACAUUAUUUAGGCCUCCUAUGAUUAAAAGACUGAUAUAACCUGGUUUGCUAAGUGUCCAGUGUUUAUAUGGCUACUUGCAAACCAGAUAGAACUCAUUUGGUUUCAAAUUCCAAUAUAAAUGAAUCUAAGAUUUUUAGAAAUUAAAUUCAUUGGUUGUUGCAACCUAUUGAUGCACAGGGCUACAUCCUAUUGAUGUGAAAAUUUUAGAGUUCAACUUAAUAUACGCAGAGUUCUUGACGCACUGUAGAACAUCUGUGCUUACAUUGGUAAAAUGUCAAAAUCUUAUAUAAAUUCUACUACUGACAAGAGAAAUCAAAGCCUGUUGUAAGCCAAUAUUAUUUACUUAUUUUACUUUCUAUGGUCAGUUAAAGUGAUUGACACAGGUAGAGGACAUAAGAAGUGGGGAGAAAAAUAUUAAAUCAAUUGUUAAAGGUAAAUAAAAAAUUACUUCAACAAGCUGUUGUAUAAAGUUCCGUAUAUUUGAGAAUAAAUUAUGCUUUCAUGGCUAUAAGGCCGAAAGGAUAACAGUAAGGAUCUAAUAUCUAAAUAUUGGUGUCAGAAAGAUUUUUGUUCCUCUUUAAGCUGGAUUCAAGUUGCCUAGUAAGGACUUACAAGUACAUCCUUAUUACUGAACCCUGAAUUAUUACACGGUUGACUGAAAGAUUAAGUACUAUGCAUCAUUGGUAGAGAGAAAACUACAAACUACCUUACUUUACAAAAGUUUAUUUUGGGUUAUCAUGCCACACACAAAUGUAUGGUAAGGAGAAACUUGCUUUUGCAAGAUAUUAUUUGAUUUAACUGUCAUAAGUUUUAACCUGAAGUCUUUCCUAAUGCAAAUGUAUUUUUAUUCCUGCUACUUUCAUAUCAGAUGUUAUGUUUUUGGUUUUUGUUGGUAUAUGCUUACAUUUCAAGUCAUAUGUGAAUCCAGAAUAUAUGAAAGACGUUAAACAAAAGCUACAUAAGAUGGCUACUGGUACCAUACUUGGAUAUUUUGAAAGCACUUAAUUAAAAUAUAAUAUAUAAUUGUUAAAGAUCCAUGAUUGUACAGCCAGGAAAGUUUAAAAUUUGAUAUCUGAAGUGGAUAUGGAAGCUGUAUAAGUAAUGUAACAUGCCAUUUGAUAUUAAAGGAUUAUUUUGAAUACAUGAACAUUUUUUCCAGAUAUCACCAACAACACUAAAACAUUUUGUUAGCCAAAGCAUAGCAUUCUAGAAAACUGACAAGUAUCUUUUAAUAAUGGGACUGUGUGGGUGUGUGUGUUUAGGUAUGUUUAUCCAAGUUCGAUUCGCACGUUAAGCUGCAUGCCUUAAUGCCAAAAGCUAUAUGGAUCUCUUACUGUAGAAUUGAGCAAGCUUUCCUGUGUUAAUAAAACCAGACCUGUAGUACCUCUGUAAUUAUUGUACUUCUUAAAACGUUGUGCAACAUUAGAUUAAUUUAUUUUACUUGUACUGUUUGUCAUCUAUUAUGUUUUAUUCAGUAUACCAUUUGUAAUUUGGUAAUAAAUUUUUGUCUUAUAAAACUGAAAAAGAUA